GAAAAAAGAGGAUCAUCAAAGCCCCAUUUUAAAAUAUCAACCUGAAGUUAACAAUGCUGCAGGGGCAGAGAACGGUGACAACGUACGCAUCAGAACAAAUAUGAAACAACCUGUUUGUAACGAGAAUAUCGACAUCGAGCCUGUCUACGAAAAUACAGACAUACCAUCCAGAGAUAUCCCGUUAAAAGAGCUCCAUGCUUAUGUUAUGAUGAAGCGAUCUAACUCUGUGGAUUCAAUGAAAAAAGAAUUCGAGGAUCUCGGAACAAAGCAACGCCACUCGUGGGAUGUUGCUAAGCAUUCAGAUAAUAAGACGAAAAAUAGAUAUGCAAAUGUAGUAACAUAUGACAAAUCACGUGUUAUUUUGAAGUUAGACGGGAGUACAACAGGAUCUGAUUAUAUCAACGCUUCCUAUAUCGAUGGAUUUAAUUAUCAGCGAGAAUACAUUGCUUGUCAAGGUCCAAAUACUGCUAGUGUGAAUGACAUGUGGAGGAUGAUUGUUCAGGAAAAUGUUGUUAUCAUUGUCAUGGUAACGAACCUUGUGGAAGGCAAGAGGACUAAAUGCCAAAAAUACUGGCCAGAUAUUGGUUGUGGACAAACAUAUGUUAAUAUUGUCGUCACGAACAUGGAUGAAAGUGAUCAUGGCUACUACACUAUUCGCAAGUUCAAGGUUGACAUCCAAGAGAUGUCGCGUGAGGUGUGGCAAUACCAUUUCACUGACUGGCCUGACAAAAGUGUUCCACCGGUAGUCACCCCUCUGGUCGAGUUUAUCUACGAGUUUAAAGAAGCGAAAAAGGUCUUGCCGAGUAGUACUGGACCUUAUGUAGUCCAUUGCAGUGCCGGAGCCGGGAGAACUGGAACAGUUAUCACGAUCGACGCCAUGUUGGAUAUGGCAGAACGCACAGAAACAGUGAAUGUGUUCAAUUUUGUCAGGAACAUGAGAGAAAAUCGCGUUCAGAUGGUGCAAACUGAGGAGCAGUACGGCUUCAUCUAUGAAGUGCUACUUCAGGUUUUAUUUUGUGGAAAAACAUCGCUUCCUGCCUCCGAAUUUCUUGGUUACUUUCCAAUUCUAACCAAGCGUCAAGGCCUUCAACACUCAAUCAUGGAUCUUCAACUUAAGACAUUAAACAGCUUGUCGCCAAAUCCACCUGCGACUCUAACUACGGCUGGAGUCCUUGCAGACAAUGUGAUGAAAAACAGAUUUGAGGAUAUUAUUCCAAUUGACACAACCAGACCAUAUUUGAUGACACCAAGCAAGAAUGGGAAUGAUUACAUCAAUGCUUCAUUCUGCAAUAGCUAUCGGAAACGUAAUGGAUUUAUCGUAACGCAAGCUCCGUUGUCAGAUCAAAUCGAUACGUCUGAGGAUUUUUGGCGGUUGGUCUAUGAUUAUGAGGUACAUACAAUUGUCAUGCUGAAUAACCAAGAUCACACGGGAUUGGCUAACUACUUUCCGGAAACUGAAGCGACGCAUCUGCGCUAUGGUGCGUUUGAAGUUCAACUACAAUCUACACAGAAUAAUAAUCACAUGACGCUUCGGAGACUCACCCUCCAGAAAAUGAAGGCACAGACUAUACGGGAAAUACAGCACUAUGCUUUUACUGCGUGGCCUAACGACGUUACCGUCCCACAACCAAUUGACUUUCUGAAUCUUCUGAGUGAUGUUGAACGAUGGCAGGCGGCGCAUCCUGGUAAACCAGUUGUCAUUCACUGUCUUGAUGGUUGCUCACGAUCUGGGUUAUUCUGCAGUCUAUCAUCUAUUGUAGAAAAAAUCAAAGAAGAACAUAUCAUUGACGUGUUUCAGACUAUUAAGUCACUUCGUAAUUCUUGUCCGCGUUUCGUUAAAAUUCAGGAGCAGUACAAAUUUUGCUAUGACGCAGUACGUUUCUACAUGGAAGGAUUUGAAACUUACGGGAAUUUUAAAUAAUAAUAUUAACCACAAGAUUCUAUCAAUGUUUUCUAAUUGAUAAGAAAAAAAAUAAUUUAAAAUGUAAGAAAACAAUUAGAUGGAAAAGUAUUAAUUAUCAUAAUGACAACUCUUAACUACACUAAUAAUGCGAAUAAUGUGAUAGGCCUCAUAAUGCAUAUUGGAUAAAUGAAAUUAAAAUUAAAAUUCAUUCAAAAGUUUUGGAAAAUUGCAAAGCC